AUGGCUCUCUUCUUUUCUUCUAAAAACAACCCAGCAUUUCUCGUUCUCUUCUUUUUAUCAUCUCUUCUCUUUCUCACUACCCAACAAUGCAACCAUCAUCACUUCUCUGCUUUACUCCACCUCAAGCAUCGUUUUCACUUCAUUGAUGAUUACAGCCUCUCUACUCUCCCCUCUUGGAAUUCAAACAAUACCGAUUGCUGCUCUUGGGAACGCAUCACGUGCGAUGGACCCACUGGUCACGUGAUCAGCCUCGACCUCAGUGAGCUCUAUAUCUCUGGUCGGAUUGAUUUUGAAAGCCUCUUUCGUCUUCGGAGCCUGCAGAAGCUCAACCUCGCUUACAAUGAGUUUGAUGGCUCUCCAAUCCCAUCUGGGUUUGACCAGCUCACCAGUUUGACCCAUCUCAACCUCUCUCGGUUGUCCUUUUAUGGCCAAAUCCCACUGGAAAUCUCCCGCUUGACCACUUUGGUUUCUCUCGAUCUUUCUCGCAAUGAAUAUUGGAAUGGUUCAUCCUUUGAAAACCUGAAACUCGAAAACCCAAGCAUUGGAGCAGUCGUCCAAAACCUGUCCAAUCUGAGUGAACUCUAUCUGGACUGGGUACACAUCUUACUGCAGGGCCAGACCUUAGAUUUGCCACUCCCUAAUCUCCGCAAGUUGAGCUUACAAGAUUGUCUUCCUUCAGAUUGUGGAUUGCAUGGAAAAUUCCCUGAGAGUGUUUUCCAGCUGCCAAAUCUACAAAUCAUCGACAUAUCAGGCAAUCCACUUGUAGCUAUCAAUUUGCCGGAGUUCCCUCAAAACAAUACUUUACAGCAAUUGAUCCUUUCAUACACUGGAUUUUCAGGAAAAUUACUAGAUUCUCUCAGUAAUCUCAAAUUCUUGACUCAUUUAGGCCUCAGAAAUUGCAACUUGUCAGGAUCAUUACCAUCCUCGCUUUUGAACCUUACCAAACUGCAAUAUCUGGAUCUUUCAUUCAAUAAAUUGAGCGGCCCAAUUCCUUCUUCAAAUGGCAAUGAACUUCUGAAUCUCAAAGUGAUCAGGUUAUCAAAUAAUUUGCUUAAUGGGACCAUUCCAUUAUCACUGUUUUCACUCCCAUCAUUACAUACGCUGGACCUCACAGGUAACCAACUUAGUGGUCAACUUGGCGAGUUUCACAAUGCCUCUUCUUCACAGCUGCAGAUCCUCUAUUUGGAUAGCAAUAAAUUGCAGGGGAUGAUACCCAGAUUUAUCUUUCAACUUACCAAGCUUCAACUACUUUACCUUUCUUCCAAUAAUUUCAGUGGUGUUGUGGAGCUAGGCUUAUUUCAAAACCUCAAAAACCUUUACCAUCUGGAUCUUUCAGAUAACAACUUGUCAGUCCAAUAUGGCAGUGGUAAUUCCACAUUUGUUUCCUUCCCCCAGUUUCAAUCUUUGUUGUUACGUGCUUGCAACAUCAGCACAUUUCCAAAUUUCUUGAGAAAUCAAUUGCAGUUGAGUGAAUUGGACCUUUCCAAUAAUAAAAUUGGUGGUGAAAUACCCAAAUGGAUAUGGGAGGUUGGCUAUGGGUCUUUAAACUCUCUAAAUCUUUCUCACAACGUUCUACAGGGAACAGAACCGUCUCCCCAUCUUUUGUUGAGUGACUUGAGCAUCCUGGACAUUAGCUCCAACAAGCUAGAAGGCUCACUUCCUAUCCCACCACCUUCCAUUCUUUUCUUUUCAGUUUCAAACAAUAGCCUUGGUGGUGAAUUCCCUCGAUCAGUUUGCAAUGCAACAUCCCUAACAGUCCUUGAUUUAUCUCACAAUCACUUCAUUGGUCAGAUUCCACCAUGUUUGGGUGAGAUUGGUGAUGCCUUGUGUGUGUUGAAUCUUCAAGGAAAUGCUUUCAAUGGCACCUUACUUCAGACAUUUAAAGAGGGAUGUAACAUACAAACGCUUGAUCUCAGUGGGAAUCAAUUAGAGGGCCAAGUGCCAAGGUCUUUGGCUAAUUGCAAAAUGUUGGAGUUAUUAAACUUGGGAAACAAUCAAAUGAAUGACACCUUCCCUUUAUGGUUGGGAGCUUUGUCCCAGUUGCGUGUUCUCGUCUUGAGAUCCAACCAAUUUCAUGGCACCAUUAGGCAUCCUCUAACAAAUCACCCUUUCCCACUGUUACAAAUUUUUGACCUCUCUUUCAAUAGCUUUGAGGGUAAUUUGCCAUCAAAUAUGUUCAAGAGCUGGAAGGCAAUGAUGGAAGAUGACAAAUCCCAAUCUUUGGUCCUUGGCAAAAUGAUAAACAUCAGUUCCAUAUACUAUCAAAACAAAGUGUCCGUAGUCAACAAAGGGCUAAUGAUGGAAGUGGUAAAGAUCCUUACUGCCUUCACUGUAGUGGAUCUCUCCAAGAACAAAUUUCAUGGGAAUAUUCCAAAAUCAAUUGGGGAUCUAAAGUCACUCCUUGUGCUCAAUAUGUCCAACAAUGGUUUAACUGGUGGAAUUCCAACAUCACUUCAGAAUCUAAGGGAUCUAGAGUCAUUAGAUCUCUCACAUAAUAAAUUAUCUGGAGAGAUCCCUUGGCAGCUAACAGAGCUAACAUUCCUUGCAGUGUUGAAUCUCUCACAGAAUUUUCUCGUGGGAAAAAUACCACAAAAUCAGCAGUUUCUUACAUUUAACAACGAAUCAUUCAAAGAUAACUUAGGAUUGUGUGGACCUCCACUAUCAAAGAACUGUGAAGAUGCAGAGAAUGCACCACCAUUCACUCUGUCAACAUUGCAAUCUGAAAGGAAAUAUGAUUGGGAAUUAAUGUGGAUAGGAUUUGGAGUUGGACACGGAUUGUUUCUUGUAUUUGCAGCUACCUGA